AUGGCCAAAAAUACUGCAUACAUGGCAAAUAUGGAUACAAUCAUCCAAAGUAACGAAGCUUUAAUGAGAAAUAUUGAGACAUGUGUGAGUCAACUGAUUAAUGACAUCAACAAUAUGCCUCAGGAAACUUUAUCAAAUGACACUGAACAAAAAUAUAAUAAGCAUCUUUAUGAGUGGGUACAAUGUGACAAGUGUGAGGCUUGGCAGCAUCAAAUUUGUGCUUUAUUUAAUGGUAGAAGGAAUGAUGGUGGGCAAGCCGAGUAUACAUGCCCCAAUUGUUAUAUUGCUGAGAUCGAAAGAGGAGAGCGCAAGCCCUUGCCUCAGAGUGCUGUCCUUGGGGCCAAAGAUUUGCCUAGAACAAUCCUUAGUGACCACAUAGAGCAGCGAUUGUUUAGGAGACUGAAACAGGAAAGACUAGAGAGGGCAAAGGUUCAAGGAAAAAGUUAUGAUGAGGUUCCUGGGGCUGAGGCACUUGUAAUUAGAGUGGUUUCAUCAGUUGAUAAAAAGCUGGAAGUAAAGCAGCGGUUUCUUGAAAUUUUUCAAGAAGAGAAUUAUCCACCAGAAUUUCCAUAUAAAUCAAAGGUGAUUUUGUUGUUUCAGAAGAUAGAAGGGGUAGAAGUAUGCUUGUUUGGCAUGUAUGUUCAAGAAUUCGGAUCAGAAAGUGCAUUCCCAAAUCAGCGCCGAGUUUAUCUGUCGUAUCUAGAUUCAGUCAAGUAUUUCCGGCCUGAGGUUAAAGCAGUCACUGGAGAGGCUCUCCGUACAUUUGUUUACCAUGAAAUUCUUAUUGGAUACCUUGAAUAUUGCAAGAAACGUGGUUUUACAAGUUGCUAUAUAUGGGCUUGCCCUCCACUAAAGGGUGAAGAUUAUAUCUUGUAUUGCCAUCCAGAAAUUCAGAAAACACCUAAAUCAGAUAAGCUGCGAGAAUGGUAUUUAUCAAUGCUAAGGAAAGCUUCCAAGGAAAACAUUGUAGUUGAUCUCACUAAUUUAUACGAUCAUUUUUUUGUAACUACUGGUGAAUGUAAGGCCAAGGUAACAGCAGCUAGGCUGCCAUAUUUUGAUGGUGAUUACUGGCCUGGGGCUGCUGAAGAUCUAAUUAAUCAGCUUCGUCAAGAAGAAGAUGGCAGAAAGCUAAACAAAAAAGGAACUACCAAAAAGACUAUAACAAAGAGGGCUUUAAAAGCAUCUGGUCAGUCUGAUCUUUCUGCUAAUGCAUCAAAGGAUGUGCUACUGAUGCAUAAACUUGGUGAGACCAUUUGCCCAAUGAAGGAAGAUUUUAUCAUGGUUCACUUGCAGCAUUGUUGCGCUCAUUGUUGUAUCCUGAUGGUAUCUGGAAACCGCUGGGCCUGCAACCAGUGCAAAAACUUUCAGCUUUGUGAUAAGUAAGAUUGCUACUCUUUUUGGCUGU